AUGCCCCCCCACGGGAGCGCCAAGAAGAAGAAGAAGGGCGGCCGCGACGGCAAGGACCGAGGGAAACGGUCCGGUCGCGGCGCGUCGCACCGGGGCGCCGACCAUUCGCGCGGCGUCGGCGGCGGGAGCUCGCUGGAGAAUCUCAUCGACUCCGGUAACGAGCACCUCGCGAUGGACCGGGUGCGGGAGGGACUCGCGGACCUUCGCCGGGCGUGCGCGCUCGUUCCCGACAGCGCGGACGCGUGGGACGCGUACGGCAUCGCGUUGGCGGAGUUCGGCCCAAACCCCGACGACGCCGUCAAGGUGCUGAAGCGCGCCGCGCAGCUCUCGCCCGAUCUGGGCUACGAGAAGUUCAUGUACCUCGGCCAACUCCUGGACGACGGCGAGGCCGCGGCGACGUGCACGCGCCGCGGACUCGCGCUCAUCGAGUAUCAGGCGGCACACGGAGACGAGGACGCGUCGGAACGCAUGUGCGGCGCGUGCUGCGCCCUCGCCGAGCAGCUCAUGGCGAUCGCCGACGACGUCGACGACGUCGCGGAUGAAUGCGACGCGCUGCUCAGACGGGCGGCGGAGGCGGAUCGCGCGUCGGCCGAGCCGUUGCAGGUGCUGGCGUCGCUCCGGGUGCUGCAGGGCCGGAGCGACGAGGCGCUGGAGGCGCUCCGGCAGUCCAUGGCCAUUUGGCGCUCUGUGCGAAAAAGCACCACAGCUGGCAAUGAUGAUGACGACACAGCUGGCGACGAUGAAGAUCGGGCGACGGAGUUUCAAGGGGAGUACGACGUGAGCUUCGAGUUCCGGUUCGAGUGCGCAAAGCUCCUUCUGGAGCUCGACGAGUCCACGGACGCCGCGAUGGACGUGCUGGAGGAGCUCCUGGAGGAACGCGACGACGUCGCGGACGUGUGGCACCUCCUCGCGCUCGCCAACCACGGGUGCUGCGAGUUCGACCGAGCUCUGGAGAUGCUGGACAGGGCGGAGUCGCUCUACGCGCGAGGCGGCGCGGGCGAUGGGGGCGGGCCGGGGGAGGACGGGGAGACGGAUGCUGACGGAGGGAACGGGACGGGGCUCGCGGAUGGCGUCAAGGCGGACCUGGCGGAGCUGAGGAGCGCGAUCGAGGAGAGCAAGGCGAGUUGGAACGGGGAGUGA